CCAAAAAGCGAGCCAGCGUGACACGACACACUCACCUCACUCUCACCCCCCAGGCCUCCCUUCCCGAUCCCAGCCGCCCCUCCCUGCUGCUCCGUGCCUGGGUGAGUGGCGUCGCUGUGGGGCGUGACAAAGGUAACGGUGGGUUCAUGUAGUAGGUUCGUGCUUCGCUGACUCCCUUCCUGACGGCGGGAGAGAGAGAUCCUGUUCUUCUUGUUAUCGUCCUCGCCUUCUGCAGAACCUCACUGGCUGUAUCUUCAGGAAUUGUGUUUUUUCUGAGAGUUUUGGUUAGAGAUCCUAGCGUUCCUCGGCCUGACAGUAUCCUAACGGAGUCCUGCAGGAUAUGAGGAGCCACAGCUGGGUCCAGAAGUGAGACCAGCCAAUGUUUCAAUGCCGCCUCCUUCAGAUCCUUCGGUACAUCCUUCAGGAGUGCUUUCUGCCGUGCUGUCUGCUGCUGAAGUGUGUCCUGAAGGAGAGUACGGUACACAUCCUUCUUCAGCGCCUGCCGGAGGACGCCAUCCCGCUCUGUGACUAAGGGAGUGACACCAUGACGUCCCUGACUGUGAUUCUCUACCCAGCGUUUGUGUACCUUGGAGGGGCGUGAAUCUACCAAAUACAUCUCCUUCUGCGGCGCCUUCAGGAAAAAGACACCACCAGCACACCUACAGCACCUCCACCAGGAAGAAUGAAGGUGGUGGCAGUAGUAGUGGUGGUGGUACAUGUGGGUUGUCUUCUACAUACAACUCAAGCCCUUGGUAAUGCCCUGGAGCGCCGCCCUUGGACAGCCUCCCGUGUUAAGCUCAGAAGAACGGCAGCACUUCGUCAGGCUCUCCUCACUACCCUUCAGGAGCACCGUCAGCGCCUUCGUCAGCUAAGAUCUUCCCUUCAGGAGUCAAAGUUUCAAGGGGCUUUUAAUAAUGUGACGUCAGAAGGUGCUGGUGAUGUGAGUGGUUCUGUGACGUCAGGUGCUGGUGACGUAAGCGGUUCUGUGACGUCAGGUGCUGGUGACGUGAGUGGUUCUGUGACGUCAGGUAAUGUUGGUGACGUGAGUGGUUCUGUGACGUCAGGAGGUGCUGGUGACGUGAGUGGUUCAGGUGUGAGGGAACGCCGCGACGCCCCUGCUGUGAUAUACGUGGCUGUGGGAGGCGGUGAAGGAGGCGUAAGAUGUCCUGACGCAGUAGACGCCGCUGCAGUAAGUGUCUCACAGCUGGUCUUCCUGUCACUAAGCUUGGGAGUCUUCACCGCCAUCACCAACAUCGCCACUAACAUCAACAACAACAAUAACAACAACAACGACAACAGCGACAACAACAUCAACAGCAACAAUCUCAACGUGGGAGCGAACGGCAACGCGGGGAACCAAAUCACCGUUGAGAUACCCUUCCAACGCUCCCUUAGGACUGUCCGUUCGCUGUGGGCGCCUUACUCUCACACGCCCACGCACUUCACCACCACCACCACCACCACCACCACCACGAAACAUCCCUCCAGUCCUCUUAUCCUUCCUGCAACGCCUUCCUUCUUCAGCGAGGGUGUGGCGGCCUCGUGGGUGCUUAGGGCGUUGAUGAAUUGGUCGUGGGAUCUCCAGCCACUCUCCCCACCCUGCCUUGGUCGCCACCUUUGCCGCCUCCUGCCAGGAAAGAACAGGAGGCGAGGUGGACGCAUGGCUUAGCUGGUUACUACCUCCUGGCCGGGCUGGAGGGGCGUCUAUCCCUUCCUCUCGCGGACUACUUGAAGGAAACGCAGGAGGGGAGCUGUGACGCACUUUUCCCGGGCUGUACAACGCAACCAACGCCCUGAG